AUGGCGGAUUUGAAAGAAAUGAUCACGUCUAUCAUUGAUAUGUGGUACAAAUGCCACCCGGAGCCGAUUCUCAUUACCGAUGAGUCAGAAUUGGAAGGAGAAAUGAAGAUACAUCAUGCAUUGCCGGAUUACAUACACCGUCGUCUCGAGCCCGAGCUUAAAGUGGAUCUCCCUAAUGUCCCCGAGAAGCCAACUCAACAGCAAGCUAUAGCCACAAGAGCUCUUAGGGAAAAGGAUGAGGCUUUAGCCGAGCACGGCAAUGAGGAUGCCGUGGAUUGGGAGCCUGGGGACGUGUAUGCUCCUGAUGGAGAGAUUCUGGAUGCCGAAGAUCUCCCGGAGAACCUUGGUCCCGAACCCGUGUCUGCGGAUCUCGAGCUCGAAGAGGAAUUUGAAGAGCCCGAGCCUGUGCCAGAGCCUGUGCCAGAGCCCUUGGAGUCCGAGCACGAGGAAGAGCCGAUCGAGAUCAACUUUGACAUGGAGUCGGAGUCUUCAGGGUCUGAUUCAAAUUGGGCACCGUAG